AUGGACCUGAUCCCAAGCUUUUCUGUGGAAACCUGGGUUCUUCUGGCUACCAGCCUGGUACUCCUCUAUCUAUAUGGGACUUAUUCACACGGACUUUUUAAGAAGCUGGGGAUUCCUGGGCCGAGACCUGUGCCUUAUUUUGGAAAUAUUCUGUCCUACCGAAAGGGUAUUUGGGAGUUUGACAAUGGAUGUUUUAAAAAGUAUGGAAAAAUGUGGGGGUGUUAUGAAGGUCAACAGCCUCUGUUAGUUAUCACAGAUCCAGACAUAAUCAAAACAGUGCUAGUGAAAGAAUGUUAUUCUGUCUUCACAAACCGGAGGUCUUUUGGUCCAGUGGGAGUUAUGAAAAAUGCCGUCUCUCUGUCUGAGGAUGAACAAUGGAAGAGAAUACGAACGUUGCUGUCUCCAGCCUUCACCAGCGGAAAGCUCAAGGAGAUGUUCCCCAUCAUUAGCCAGAUUGGAGACGUGUUGGUGAGGAACCUGAAGAAGGAAGCAGAGAAAGGCAAGCCCAUCAGCAUGAAAGACUUCUUUGGGGCCUACAGCAUGGAUGUGAUUACUGGCACAGCAUUUGGAGUGAACAUUGAUUCCCUCAACAACCCACAAGAUCCCUUUGUGGAAUAUAGCAAGAAGAUCUUAAAAUUUAAUCUCCUCUCUCCAUUAAUUCUCUUAAUAGUAUUCUUUCCAUUCCUCACCCCGGUCUUUGAAGCAUUAAAUAUUACUCUGUUUCCAAAAAGUUCUUUGAAUUUUUUAACAAAGUCUGUAAAAAGGAUAAAAGAGAGUCGCCUCAAAGAUAAACAAACGCAUCGAGUGGAUUUUCUUCAGCUGAUGAUUAACUCCCAGAAUUCCAAAGAAACUGACACCCAUAAAGUUCUGUCUGACACAGAACUCACGGCCCAAAGUAUUAUCUUUAUUUUUGCUGGCUACGAGACCACUAGCAGUUCUCUUUCCUUCAUUAUAUAUGAAUUGGCCACUCACCCUGAUGUCCAGCAAAAGCUGCAGGAGGAGAUUGAUGCAACUUUCCCCAAUAAGGCGCCUCCCACCUACGAGGCUCUGGUACAGAUGGAGUAUCUUGACAUGGUGUUGAAUGAAACUCUCAGAAUAUUCCCAAUUGCUGGUAGACUUGAGAGGGUCUGUAAGAAGGAUGUGGAAGUCAAUGGGGUGUUCAUUCCCAAAAGGACGACAGUGGUGGUUCCACUCUUCGUUCUUCACAACGACCCAGAGCUCUGGCCAGAGCCUGAGGAGUUCCGUCCUGAAAGGUUCAGUAAGAAGAACAAGGACAGCAUAAAUCCUUACACAUACCUGCCUUUUGGAACUGGACCCCGAAACUGCAUUGGCAUGAGAUUUGUUAUCAUGAACAUGAAACUUGCUCUCGUCAGAAUCCUGCAGAACUUCUCCUUCAAACCUUGUAAAGAAACACAGAUCCCCCUGAAAUUGCUCACUCAAGGACUUACGCAAGUGGAAAAACCUGUUGUCCUAAAGGUUGUGUCAAGAGAUGCGACCAUAAGUGGAGCCUGA